UUUCUUCUAAUUAGAAUAGCAUUAGCAAGCUCAAUACUUGCUAAUGACCUCAAGACUACGUGCGGCAGUUAUCCGAUGCCCCCAAGAAAGAACGAGAGAUCCCUCCGGUCUCAGUCAGCCCGCCCACCUACAUCCCGCACAGGAGCACCCGAGGAUGGAAGCCCUUUGCCAGCAGUUACGCCGCCUGGCCCUACGAGUAGGGUCCCCUUUAGCUCGGUACCCGCUCCGCCAUCCAACCCGGUGGCCUCCAGACCCUCCGGCACCCCGGCGCCGGCGACCCAGGAGCUCGUCUCCGCACUCACGCUCGCCCUUAGGGCUGCCUUCCCGGAGGCGCCUCCUACCCGACGUACUCGUAUCACCGAGGUGGCUCAGCCCAUCCCUGGAGAGACGACCGAUGACGAUGAGGAGGACCUCAUCUUCCGAGGAUAUCCUUCCAGCCAGGACCCGGCCGGCCGGUACCGAGCCCGUAUCCCAAACGACUCGGAUCACAGCUCCAGCAGCAGCGGCGACACCCCGCCCCGGCGGGACCGCCACUACCCACGCCACAUCAACUCCUCCCGUGCCCCAACAGGCAGCCGUGGGCAAAGACUCUUCACGACACACGACCCCCCGACACGUCGGGACUUCCGCAACGCCCUCUUGUAUGUUGACCGAGCCAGCCGCCAGUCCCUCUUCUUUGGGACCCGAGACGUGGUCGAGCUCCAGACCCUGGAGCUGUUCCUCCAGGUCUGGGAUUCCAACCCCCCCCUCCGUGCCUCCGCCAAGCUCCGAGUCUUCGACAGAGUGCGCCUCCCCUAUCACGUUGCGCUCACUGGAUGGCAGGCCGCCCUCCAGGGGUACGCUGACCCUACGGCCUCCUACCUUUUGGGAGCCCCGCUCCCCGCUACACAGCCCCCCCCUCCAGCAUCCGACAGGCCCUCCAGGCCAACCAACAGAGGAAGAGGCACCGCCAACCGUGGCGGCCGACCACGACAGCCUGCAACUCGCACCCGCGACGUCCCCAACGCCGCUGAGUGACUUGUUCCCCCCGUUACGACGGACCACGGCUACCCUGCCCGACGACCUGCUCCACCGACUACCCCUCUGGGACUCAGUGGAUUACGCGCCUCUCCCCGACACACCGCCACCCACAGUGUGGCUUCUUGUAUUCAAGGAACUUUGGCAAAGUCUUCCCCACACCCUCCUGCUCGUUCCCGCUCCGCCUGUGCAUUUUCUUUUUGCGGACGCUUCAAACAACGGACUCGGUGUGGUGACCCCGACCUCCGCGCUCGCCAUCCUGACGGCAAUGGACCCCCGCAUCUACUUGAGGGAAGCGACUGCCUGGACCCUUGCGGCGCUCCUAGCACAGCCCUCAUCUUUGGUUUUCACCGACAACCGUGCCCUCAGGUGUGCCAUCACCAGCGGACAUCUCUGGGCCCUUCCGUGGCAAAUGACUGUAGCCAUGACGGCACUUGCAAUAAAGAAAGAUUUGAGAGCAAAAAAAAAUGAUGCGAGAAUGCAGUGCUUGAGUCGCCGGGAGAUGAAAUCGAGCAGAAAGCUACUAUAUGUACCCAAACAAUAAACAACGAUGCGCAGCGAGCAAGUCGAUAUCUUUUAAUGACAGCAAGACUUCGUUCGCAGGUAGCGUACUAUCGCUCCAGUUGCUCAAAAACACAGCAGCAACUAGAAGCAGAGAGAAAGGUAAUCUCCUCAUAUCGUGACGACAAGCGCUACUCAGCUUUGAAAAAUAUUGCUUCAGACGCUGAAAAGGGAGAGAAAAAGGCUGUCUUCCUGCUUGACGGAUACCAGAAGAAAUUCCAGCCUUAUCCCGAAGAAGUAAUAAGAGAGUGUGUCAUAUGGCACUUUCUUCCGCCAAAAGGUUACGAUCAUGCCUGGACUAACCUGCUGACACUGCCACAUAAGUGCACACUGCAGCGCUACGUAGGUCCCAGCUUAACUUCUUCUGGAAUGAGUGGCGCCAUGAAAGAAAGGCUCAUUCACGAGGCUUCUUCUCUCAGCCACAAACAGCACAUGGCUUCGUUAAUAAUCGAUGAAGCAGCAAUAAAGCCAAAGUGCAUAUACGACCGGAAGUCCGAUGUAGUAUGUGGGAUCAAAGACAAGCCAGAAAGCGGUGCACCACGUACAAAGAACGAACCUCUUGCAAACCGAGUCCUGUGUUUUGUGCUCCCCAGAGUGGCGAGCUCGUACAAGAUACCAUGUUCGUACUACUUCACCAAGCAGCUGAGCGGGAGACUUGUAUGCGUGGACGAAGGAUGUCAUCUCUGCAGCUGAGGAAUGCAGCUUUGUGGUGAUUCGAAUAGUUACCGAUAACUACUCAGUGAACAGAACAAUGUUCAAGCUCAUGGGGAAUGGUUCCUUGUCAACCAUAGUGAAGCAUCCUCACGACGAUGAAUGAGAAAUUUUUUUAAGCUUCGAUCCUAGCCAUGUUUUCAAGAAUGUCCGCAGCCAAUUUUUGGAACGGGAGCUCACAGACGGCACUGGCAUCAUCGGUGGAACAUUUGCCCAGAAACUCUAGGAGCACCAGAAGGACACGUCUAUAAAGUUGGCCAGAAAUCUUACAAGGAAACAUCUGUAUCCGUCGAAUCUAGAAAAAAUGAACGUGCUACGCGCCGUGCAGGUGUUUUCGCCCCAAGUCACUGCCGCACUGGAACAUCUCCAGCAGAACUCGCGAGUCAGCUCCCUUCUCUUCACUUUCAGGGAUGCAACAUCGACGAUCAACUUCAUGAAAGUGAUGAAGAAAUGAUUCGACAUCCACGACACCACCUACAAUGGAAGUGGCUUCAAAAUGCCCAUCUCCAGAGAAAACGAUGACAGACUACUGUGGCUGCAAAAUGAGUUUUGCAACUACGUGAAGACGAUUUAAGAAUGUUCCAUUGCCACUGGUGUUGGGAACUUCACUGAGGAAACAUACAGUGCCCUACUUUUCAGCACGAAAUCCACAAAGGAGGUAACCAGGUUUCUACUGAGAAAAGGCGUCAGUUACGUUCUGACUAGAAAAUUCAAAAGUGAUCCCAUUGAGGCAUUGUUUGGACAACUGCGCUUUAUGUGCGGAGGUAACGACGCGCUGUACGCAAGAGCCGUUACAACAGCUUUGGACCACAUAGUAAAGAAAAAAGCCCUGCCAUCGAAAGGAGUCGCUGUACAAGAUGAAGAUGCAGAAGAAGCGGCCACCUCUGUUCCUCAAGAUGAAGUUCAAGAAUUGAAAGCUCUGAAAGCACAUCUUUCAGCACAGCCUGCGUCUGUUGCUUAUUCAGACUUAAUGUAAGUAGGUGGAUAUCUUGCCAAACUUGUCAGUGAUCUUGGAUGUCACGCUUGCGUCAUGCUUGUGACGACAUACAAGACUAGCAGUCCUCUGUACAAACUUCUGAGCGCACAAGAAAAUUGUGAACUUCACUAUCCGAAGCCUGAGUUUCUAGCUCUCCUGCAAACAAUUUCGACUUUUUUUGAAAAGGUGGUCAAAGUUCUCCCACGACCAAAGAUUCUCGAAGCCUUGCAGCUAAUAGUUGAGCCACAUCUAGAAGAUUCACCCCUCCUAAGCUACCCAGAAGGUGUUGACCGGAGUCAUGCCAAAUGCUUAGCACAUCUGAUCUCUGAAAAAUUCCUGCGAAUUCUUCUCGUCAACUACACAAAGAAAUUAACAGAACAGAAUGACAAGCCGUCUGGAUUCACCCACAAACCAACGCGAAAGCAUUUCAGGCUGUGACUGACAUUCCUCGGAGCUCUGAGUCACACGAUAACAUUGUAUAUGUCAUUACAACCAAUGCCUGUUAUUGCUUUCAGUCCUUUCACGUAUGUGAAACGAUUUCAGGGCUUCAAAAAGUAAAGAAUCUGUCUGAUGUGGUGUCUUUCGCUCAGUGAGAGAAGGUUGAACAGGUACAUUCAAACCUUUUGAAGCGGCAAAUGCUGUUAUUGUCAUAAUACAUUUUGGACUACAAACAUAGACUGUGAAGGCCUUUAAUAGGAAGAUAAAUCUUUCCUAACCCUGGUCUUAUGCUGAAAUAUCUUGUUUCACUUUUACUCAUGCGACUCGCAAAUAAUCCAGCUUUGCCCAUUGAUACUAAGCGCCAUGACAGCAUGCCAACUUUAAUGUUUUCAGAUCCAUAUACUAGUUCCCUGCAUUGCAUGCCUAUAGUGGUGACUGCAUAAGGCACGGUUGUCAAGUGCUUGCUCAACGGAAUGGGAGCAGCCGUUCAGCGACACGUGCAAGAUGCCUCAAACAGCGCG